GUGUGAUAAACUAACAAUAGAAUGAUCUGUGUUACAGGCGAAGUAGUGACCUGUGACUUUCGAGCCACUAACCGCAAAUUUCGGGAUUCAAACCUUUCGAGUGGCUUAGAGGGUUACUUAGCUCACGUAACCAAAUCGAACAAAACCAAGCUCAAAAUCCUAAUUUGAGAACCAAACAAAAAAAUCCAAUACCAUCCGCUUAUGUACCCUUUCGUUGAUAAUCCAAACUGAAGAAGACUUGUAAAACCGAAUAAAAUUCAGUAAACCGAACCAGAAACCAAAUUGGAAAAUUUUCCUGUUGAAUAGGUGUUGAAACUUUGUGUGACACAAACGAAGCGAGCACCCUCUAAAAUGCCUUCGAUUUCUCUCGCGCGCACAAUGCCAUUGAUUUUGUUUUCUCUCUCUGACUACAAAGUACUCAUUCGUUGAAAUCAUUUUCUUCCCAUUUUCGAUUUCUGUCAAAAUACAACGACCUCCAAUCUCCAAAAAACUCUUUCUUGAAUAGUUUCUUGAUCUAAAACAAACGAUCUCAAGAAAAUGGCACGACACGAUCCUAAUCCAUUUGCUGAAGAAGAGAUCAAUCCUUUUGCGAAUAAUACAAGUGUUCCUCCUGCAAGCAACUCCUAUCUCAAGCCGCUUCCACCGGAACCUUAUGAUCGUGGUGCAACGGUUGACAUCCCUUUGGAUUCCGGCAAGGAUCUCCGAGCUAAAGAGAUGGAACUCCAGGCUAAGGAGAAUGAACUGAAGCGGAAAGAGCAGGAGCUUAAAAGAAGAGAAGAUGCAAUAGCGAAAUCUGGAGUUGUCAUUGAGGAGAAGAACUGGCCAGAGUUUUUCCCUCUAAUUCAUCAUGACAUUCCAAAUGAGAUUCCGAUUCACUUACAGAAGAUCCAAUACGUCGCAUUCACCACAUUGUUAGGAUUAGUAGGAUGUCUCUUGUGGAAUAUUGUGGCAGUAACUGUAGCUUGGAUCAAAGGAGAAGGCCCUACUAUAUGGCUUCUCUCAGUCAUCUACUUCAUUUCCGGGGUCCCUGGGGCUUACGUCUUGUGGUACCGUCCUCUUUACCGAGCUACCAGAACUGACAGUGCCCUGAAGUUUGGAGCUUUUUUCGUGUUUUACGUGUUUCACAUUGCAUUCUGCGGCUUUGCUGCAGUUGCUCCACCAGUCAUCUUUCAAGGAAAGUCUCUCACAGGUAUCUUGCCAGCACUUGAGCUUCUAACUACUAAUGCGGCGGUUGGGAUUCUGUAUUUCAUUGGUGCGGGAUUCUUCUGCAUCGAAACACUUCUCAAUAUCUGGGUUAUUCAGCAAGUAUAUGCAUACUUCCGAGGGAGUGGCAAAGCUGCAGAGAUGAAGCGCGAAGCUACAAAAUCAACCUUGAUGCGUGCACUGUGAAGACAAAACACUCCACUGGAAAAUUGUAUCAACGGUGGCUUGUUGUCAUAUCUUGAAUCCUCCACACAACAUUUGACACAAAUCCGUUUUCUCUGCAAAGUCUAAGGCUGGCAAAUUUUUGUUGUUUGAAUUACUUUGUAAAGAAUAAAUCGAGUACAUGGAGACCCUCAGGGCAAAACUGUCUGGUUUAAGGGUGUCAAAAACCAUUUCUUCAUGAAUGCUAAAUCAAAGACCCUUAGAGAGAUAGGAGCCUUUAUAGCUUUCUAUUAAGCAUCAACCCAGCUCUGUCCAAUAGUCUUUGCUACUCCUCUUCUAACCAUUAACCUACGGAUCUUGAGGGCAUCACCAUGACGACCUAUCGCCUUGUACAUGUUGCUGAGAAGCACAUAACUCAUGUGAUACUUUGGUUCCAAUGCCAUCAUUCUCUUGGCAACCCGCUCUGCAAUAUUGGAGGCAUCUGCAUUUGCAGCACAAGGUCCAAGUAGAACUCCCCACAGAGACGCAUCAUCUCUACACUCUGCUCUCUCCAACAUAUUCUCUGCCUCUUCAAACAAACCCGCACGGCCUAGAAGGUCAAUCAUGCAACUGUAAUGCUCAGUCCCUGGUUUAAUCCCGUAACUCUCAGCCAUCAAUACAAAGUAGUUUCGUCCCUCGUCAACUAAACCCGUAUGACUACACGCGGUGAGCACCGCGAUAAAACUGAUGUAGUCAGGCUUUAUCCCCUUUCUAACCAUAUCAUCGAAGAAACUAACAGCUUCUUUACCUCUUCCAUUCUGAGCCAGCGCAGAUAGCAUUGCGUUCCAUGUUAUCAUAUUUCUAAUUGACAUCUUGGAGUACACACGAGUAGCAGAAUCUAUGCACCCGGAUUUUCCAUACACGUCAACUAAAGCUGAUUCCACAAUCACAUUAUCACGACAGCCUCUUCUAACGUACUGACCGUGAACCUCUUUCCCAAGUCUUACCGCCGCCAAACCAGCACACGCCUUAAGGACAGUCCCAAAACAGUAGAGAUCUUUCUCUUUCAUUUCCCUGAACAUCUCAAUCACUUUCUCGUGCUCUCCGUUCUGACAGUAUCCCCCGAGUAAGGCAGACCAAGAUACGGUGUUCUUCUUAGACAUCCCAUUGAACACUUUCCUAGCUUCUCGUACCGAUCCACAUUUUCCAUACAUAUCUAGAAGGCUACUCUCAACAACCACAUUGCUGCCUAUCCCAUUUGUAACAAGCUUCCCAUGAAUCUCUUGCCCUUGCUUCAGCCUCCUUAGAUUACCACAAGCCGUCAAAACCGUUCCAAAUGUAGACCCAUCAGGCACCAACCCUCUUCCCCUAUGCAUCGCGUAAAAAAGUCCCAAGGCUUCACCGUACAAGUCGUUCUUCGAAAACGCAGAGAGCACUGCUGUCCAGCAAAUAACGUCUGGUUCAGGCAUUUCGUCGAACACUCGGCGCGCAUCUGCUGGUUCUCGAUUCACACCAUACAUAUACGCCAAUGUGCUAGAGAUAACAUGGUUCCACUCGAACCCACGAGUAAUAACAACACCAUGGAAGCACCUCCCUAGUCUCACUUCCCCGAUCUCAGAGCAAGCCUUCACUGCCGAAGACAACGUGAACGCGUUCGGCUCCAAACCAAAACUCACCAUCUCGGCGAACAUCUCAAGCGCCUUAACGUGUUCUUUACUCCCAACGUAUCCAGACAUCAUCGAAGUCCACGAGAUGGCGUCUUUGACGAACAUCCCGUCGAAAACUCUCCGGGUCUCCCUCAUAUCGGGUCCCAACUUGAAGUAGAGGGAUAGCAAGCUGUUCCCAACGUACCGGUCCGUCUCCAGGCCCGAUUUGACGACAUGGGCGUGAAACUGAAGUCCGUGGAUAAAGGAGAAGACUUUGGUGCAUGUUUGCAGGAGAGGCGCGUAGAGAUUCGGCUUCGCAAAGAUUUCACUCGAGUCUGUUGCGUUUAGGAUCCGAAUGGCGUCCGUGAGCCGACCCGAUUUACAGAGCUCCAGGAUCCGAGAUUGUUUCGUCGGAGAAGAGGAUGAAAUUGACGCCUUGAGACAUAGCGAGGAGUGUUGACUGAAAUGGCGCUUCAGGAUGAGAUUCAUCGGAGGCGCCACAAUCACAGGUGAACAACUUCUUUAACAGUUUGGUACACUUAUCAAAACAGAACUGGAAAAUUGAAAUUUACAAAGCUGAUUAAUUUUUCAAUAAAAGAACCUUUGUUUGUGAAAUUUAAUGUUAGUAAAACUUGAAUUCAGACAUAUAUAUUUCAGGAUUCACCAUUUUUGUAUUCACCGCAUUCAGUUGUUUAUUCUUUGACAAUAUGGCUGGAAAUUUGACUAAAAAACGUAAAAAU